UUUUAGGUCAGAACGGGAUGUCAACAGUGUUGAGAUUACCCAUCAUGAAAAGAAAACAAAGAUUGACAAGCUUGCCUAUGGCUGUGUGCAAACUUUAAGGGUGGGAUUUGAUAUUGUUUCCUUGUACAAAGUUGGAAAGAUGACUGAAAACAAAUGGUUGAAUCGCAUCAUCAUGUUGGAAACAGUCGCUGGGGUCCCAGGUAUGAUAGCAGCAAUGGCACGACAUUUUCACUCGCUCAGGAAACUUACAAGGGACCAUGGAUGGAUUCACACCCUGUUAGAGGAGGCUGAGAAUGAAAGAAUGCACUUGAUGACAGCCUUGGAACUAAAGAAACCUGGAAUUCUAUUCAGAGGGAUUAUACUUCUUGCACAAGGUGUCUUCGUAAACCUUUUCUUUAUAGCUUACAUUCUCAGCCCAAGGUUUUGCCACAGAUUUGUAGGAUAUCUGGAGGAAGAGGCUGUCAAGACUUAUACUUACUGUUUGAAGGUAAUUAAUAUCAUUCAUGAACUAAGCAACUCGAGAUCAAUGCAUCUGUACAGUGAAAAAUCACUAGACAAGUGCAAAAUAUAUAGACUGAGAAUAAUACAUGGACACGCUUAUAUAUGGAAUUUCUCUUCAAGUGUUCAGCUUCAUAUCUCACAUGUAAGUGCGGCGAACAAGCGAGAUGUAAAGUUGAACUCUAUGUCUACAGGCAAUGAUGUAUUAUUUAUUAUGUAAAUAUACCAAUAACGAAGUUUUUGACAAUUUUCCGAAGAUAUUCCAAAAGUUGUUGGAAAGCCGCGCGAACGUUUCCGAACAUUUUACGAACAUGUCUGAAGAUAACCGAAGAUUCCGAUGAAGAUCCGAAGAUGUUUCGAUCAUACACCAACGAAUUUAAGUACAGUUAAAGGGUCAAACAUGAUUUCAAACAUAACGUCAUCGAUGUCAUCACAGUGAAAUAUUUAUCGUAAUUUUAAACGUCCAAUUAUGGCUUUUCUCACGGCUGGAAAU